CGUGCCGCCUCGCCACGAGACACUCAUUCCGGCUGCGCGCGUGUGCCCCGCCUCCUCCGCGGCGGCCCCGCCUCCGCCACGUGACGAGCAGAGGGCUUCUGCUUCCUCUUACUGGCGUAGUUCCGCGUCUCAGCACUCGCCGGUCCCGGUUGUCUUUGCGUGCCUGAGUCACGUGCUUGGGGGAAGCGGGAAGGCAGCGUUCUUCUUUCCUAGCCCCCCCCAUCCGCCAUGUUUUCAGGCCCGGUCAGCCUUGGUCUGUCCCCGUAAGGAAAUGGCCGGGGAGUUUCAGGAAACCCAGGCGCCGUUGCCUCAGCGGAGCCCGGGCUGACGAGGCAGGGCAGCGGGUUAAACCGGAGCAGUUCCGCGCGGGGUGGGAAGGCCAUGGCGUCCGGCAGUAACUGGCUGUCUGGCGUGAAUGUCGUGCUGGUGAUGGCCUACGGGAGCCUGGUGUUUGUACUGCUAUUUAUUUUUGUGAAGAGGCAAAUCAUGCGCUUUGCAAUGAAAUCCCGAAGGGGACCUCAUGUCCCUGUGGGACACAAUGCCCCCAAGGACUUAAAAGAGGAGAUUGAUAUCCGACUGUCCAAGGUUCAGGAUAUCAAGUAUGAACCUCAGCUUCUCGCAGAUGAUGAUGCAAGGCUGCUACAGCUGGAAACCCAGGGAAAUCAAAAUUGCUACAACUACCUAUACAGGAUGAAAGCUCUGGAUGCUAUCCGUGCCUCUGAGAUCCCAUUUCAUGCUGAAGGCCGGCAUCCCCAUUCCUUAAUGGGCAAGAAUUUCCGCUCCUACCUGCUAGAUCUUCGAAACACUAGUACUCCUUUCAAGGGUGUGCGCAAGGCCCUCAUUGAUACCCUGCUGGAUGGCUAUGAGACAGCCCGCUAUGGGACAGGGGUCUUUGGCCUGAGUGAGUACCUGCGCUAUCAGGAGGCCCUGAGUGAGCUGGCCACAGCGGUCAAAGCACGAAGUGGGAGCUCUCAGCGACAACACCAGUCAGCAGCCAAAGACCUAACCCAGUCUCCUGAAGUCUCCCCAACAACCAUCCAGGUGACAUACCUCCCCUCCAGUCAGAAGAGUAAACGUGCCAAGCACUUCCUCGAAUUGAAGAGCUUUAAGGACAACUAUAACACACUGGAGAGUACUCUGUGACGGAGCUGAAGGCCUCUCACUGUUGAAGGAGCCACACAGACUGCAGUGUGCUUGCCGGGUGGCCUCACUCAGGUCAUCUGGGUCAGCCCAGCUCUGGAUCAGCUGAAGCCCUGGUUGUGUUCAGAGCUCUUAAGAUUUCAUGCCUAGAGGAUCAUUCUCCCACCCGUUCUUAUGGCCAGUUUCAGAACAUCAGUUAAGACUUUAUUUUCCCUUGGUAUCACUUUUCUCUGGAGUUGAAUUAGAUGUUUUUCUCAAUAUUUCUGUCAAAGCUUCCUUAAAAAUCCUCACUUGGUUUUUUGAUCAUGGUUCAUCUGUCAUUUUCGAGACUAUAAAUUAUCCCAAGGGUGACCAGGCUUGGUGUCUUGUCUUCUGUACACAGCUGAAUGGGAGCCUUUUGGUUUGAAACAUGUAAGAGUUGAUUGGUGGAAAUGGUAUACAGAAUGCUGGGGAAAUUGGUGGAGGCCAUGAGUGCUACCUAGAACAACUUACCCUGGUUGCUCCACUUAAACCAGGAUGUUAACGGGAACAUUAACACAACUUCUCUAACAUGCGAGGAUCUGCCUUCCACUUUCAUUGUAUACUGUCAUGAGUAAACUGAAAAAGGAAUGUUUUAACAUCUGAUAUAAUCCCAUCACUCCUUAUUUGUGGGAUACUGUGAAGGAAUAGACCAAUAUCUUGAUCUGACUUUAUAAACCAUUUAGUGAACAAUUAAAAAAUAAAGCAUAUGAUUCAUUCCUC